AUGGUCAAUCGCUCAAGGAAUGAUUGGUCUUUAAAAUUAAAUAAUGCAUUGUGGCCCUACCGCACUGCAUAUAAAACUCCCAAUAGAAUAACCCCUUUUCAUUUGGUUUAUGGGAAAUCAUGCCACCUCUCAGUGGAGCUUGAACACAAGGCCUAUUGGGCAAUUCAAACCCUGAACUUUGACUUAAAAGCUGCUAGAGAAAAGAGGCUUCUACAGCUCAAUGAACUGGAUGAAAUUAGGCAAGAUACCUAUGAGAAUGCUAAGAUCUUUAAGGACAGGACCAAAAGAUGGCAUGACAGAUGCAUAACCAGGAAAGAAAUCAAGGAAGGAGACCUUGUCCUGCUAUUCAACUCAAGGCUAAAGCUCUUCCUAGGAAAGCUAUAG